CCCCCCCCACCACCGCCGCGGCGGCGGCCUUGUUCGCUAGGCCGCGGGGCUCAAGCCUUGGGGCUCGCCUGGAAGCGCCGCCUGGGGAGGCGACCCACACGCGGGGGGUUCAGCUAUCCGAGAGACGGGCAGGUGCCACCACGAAACCGCAGCCAUGGGGAACAUGUUUGCGAACCUCUUCAAGGGCCUCUUCGGCAAGAAGGAGAUGCGAAUCCUGAUGGUGGGACUCGACGCCGCUGGCAAGACCACCAUCCUCUACAAGCUCAAGCUGGGAGAGAUCGUCACCACCAUCCCCACAAUAGGUUUCAACGUAGAAACAGUGGAGUACAAGAACAUCAGCUUCACGGUGUGGGACGUGGGCGGCCAGGACAAGAUCAGGCCUCUGUGGCGUCAUUAUUUCCAAAACACACAGGGGCUCAUCUUCGUGGUGGACAGCAACGACCGGGAGCGAGUGAACGAGGCGCGCGAGGAGCUGAUGCGGAUGCUGGCAGAGGACGAGCUCAGGGACGCCGUGCUGCUCGUCUUCGCCAACAAGCAGGACCUGCCCAACGCGAUGAACGCGGCCGAGAUCACGGAUAAGCUGGGCCUGCACUCGCUGCGCCACCGGAACUGGUACAUCCAGGCGACCUGCGCCACCAGUGGGGACGGCCUCUACGAGGGCCUCGACUGGCUCUCCAACCAGCUCAAGAACCAAAAAUGAUCCCACCACUACUACACCGUGCCGCCCUGUACCCACUCCCCCCCCCUCCCCGCCCCCUUUUACCAAUCCAGCCCAACACAUCCCCCCCCCCCCACCCAAAAAAUAAAUAAAGCCUACUUGAUGUUCGCAAAUUUAAUCCAUCCAGUCCUGGUUUUCGCCGGUGCGGCCGAGACCCCGCCGUUUUCCUCCGGUAAGAGAGCGUCUUUGGCCGCCGCUGUUCUGGCCGCACCGGGCAUGGCCUGGUUAACCAACACCCCCCCCCCCCCCCCCCCGUUUAGCCAAUCAACAGGAAGCUUAAUCCUUCCACUUGUCCCCCCCCCCCUCUCCCACCGCGCCUUUGUAUUUUUAUCUGCGCACCCUCGCCACACCGCCUGUCCGCCGAUUUUCCCGCCAGCCCCAACUCCCGCCACCUCCCAAACAAUGCGGCACACUCGGUAGGCAGCCCUUGCUGUCCAGUUAGGGGGGGGGGGGGAGAGAGCACACCGUAGACAAGGGUACCUCCAGGAAGACCCUGCGGAGUGAGCCCUCUGGCUUCUAAUGUGAAACUCACUUGCUCUUCUAGCAAAUGAAGUCCGCUAGGAGUUUUGAUUUGGCCGACCGACAGACAACCACGCGGUGGUAACCUCUCCCGCCCGGCCGCCCACCACAAUCGUCCCCUUCCUCCCCCCCCCCCCACCCAGCGAUCCUCCUCCAGCGAUCCGGCGCCGUCUCUCGGACUCGUUGGCGGCUUGAUGUGAUGCGGACGUUCGUUAGUGAUUGGUCGUUUGUCCAGUGCGCCGCGUCGGACCGUCGGGGUUCGGCCGUUCUGUUUUUUUUUUGCGGUUGUGUGCGCGUGUGAAGUGCAGCUUUCUCUCCGUGUGUCUCUCCCCUUUCGCCCGCGUCUGCUCGUCGCCGUUGAACGCGAGAAGGAGGCGGCUGCGGCGAUAAAUAACGACGGCGAUCUCCCGUCGUUUACGAGCGUGGCGUCGAGUCUGGCGACCCGGCGCCGUUGGGCAAAACAUUAAAAACGCAAGUGCGACUUGGAACAAAAAGUGAAACGGUUGGUACCCUGGCCGCAAGGGGAAAGGGUGGGAAGAUAGGAAGGGGGCUGGGGUGGGGGGUACAUUUCAGUACGCGAAGAUCAAGAGCCAAUCCAUCCGGUGGCUUAAGCCCCGUCUCCCAGCCAAACCCCAUCGGCUAACCCAACAAUCCCUGGUCCUGAGCCCUGUUGUACCUGCGGGAGCCCCGUUUCCACUGCUUGUCCCCAGCGUUCACUCGUGGUGUUUGUUCUCACAGCUUUGACGGUGCAGUUCCCGCCACGCAAUGACUGCUCACUCGGGCCUCCUCGAGCUCUCCUGUCAUGACCCCCCCAUCCCCUACUAACUAUCCGGCUACCCCCCCCCCCCCCAUUUCAAUUAUGAUGACCCAGCCCACAAUCAUUGCUCCACCCCCCCCCCCCCAUUUCAAUUAUGAUGACCCAGCCCACAAUCAUUGCUCCACCCCCCCUCGCACGAGUCGCCCCAUGAGCCACUUUCUACAUUUCAUGCCGAGCAGCUGCCACGCCGUGUUGGUGGCCGAGCCGGUGGCAGCCCCCCCCGGGGGGGGGGGGGGGGUGUGCACGUCGUCAUAGCAACAGCAGCAGCAGCGUGCGUGGUUUGGUUACUGGUGGGGCAAGUUCGGUCACUUGAGCAGUGUUUGAUCUUCAAUAUUAUUUUCUUUUUGUUUAGAUGAACUUUUUUUAGCUUUGUUAUUUUCGGGUAUUUCUACCCCUGGAGUUUUUUUUGGUGUGAGGAUGCACUGCUGUACUGAAGCACUCUGAAUGGAGGUGGGCGACCCUUCCCCCUCCCCAUGCCCCCCCCCACAACCCACCUCCUCCCCCCUGCCGCCCCCCACUUCUCCGAGCCUUCAUGGUGUCGGACAAUGAAAGGAGAAAGCAAACCGCAUCCAGACGCACCCAUCGGUUUAAGCAUGUACAUGGAUAUUGUCUUCAGUACAUUGUGUGACGAAGUGAUCAUUCCUUGUAUGAAAGUACUAGAAUAAAGAGGAGAUAACGUUGA